GUUUCGGGGGGGGUUGGGGCCGGGGGGUGCGCGGGGACCCCCAUCCUCGGCUGGGCUCUGCGGGGGGCACACCCCCCUCCCCACGCCCUCCGCAGCAGCCUCGCCGCCUGUCGCGGUAGCGGCCGCCUGUCGCGACAGCCGAGCCUCCGCCCCACCUGUUGUCACAGCCCCCCGCUCGGCCGGACCCCCCACCACCACCCCGGGGUGCUGGGGGUCCCCUGGGGGGGGAAGCGGGGACGGGCCCGGCCCGGUUCGCCCCGCGGUGAUGCCCGGGGUGGUCCCGGCGGAGGCAGCCCCCCGGUACUGGCGGCAUCCCCCCGGUGAGCGGCUGCAGGGGGGCAGCGGGGCGAGCUGGGGGGCUGCCCGCCCCGCCCCGCAGGGCUGAGAGCUGGGGGGUGUGUGACGCUGCUGCCCCACGGCAGGGCGGAGGCGCAGCCCGGCGGGACCCCGGCACCAGCCCCAGGACCAUGAUCCCCCCCAAGGAGAAGGCCAGGGCUCCCAAGGACAGCAUGACGCUCCUGCCCUGCUUCUACUUCGUGGAGCUGCCCAUCGUGGCCUCCUCCAUCGUGACGCUCUACUUCCUGGAGCUGACGGAUCUCUUCAAGCCGGCCAAGGUGGGCUUCCAGUGCUACGACCGGGCGCUUUCCAUGCCCUACGUGGAGACCAACGAGGAGCUCAUCCCGCUGCUGAUGCUGCUCAGCCUGGCCUUCGCCGCACCCGCCGCCUCGAUCAUGGUCGGGGAGGGCAUCGUGUACUGCCUGCAGUCCCGGCUGAAGGGACGCGCCGGAGCCGAGGGCAGCAUUAACGCCGGCGGCUGCAACUUCAACUCCUUCCUGCGCCGCACCGUAAGGUUUGUGGGCGUCCACGUGUUCGGGCUCUGUGCCACGGCCCUGGUGACGGAUGUGAUCCAACUGGCCACCGGCUACCACGCGCCCUUCUUCCUGACCGUCUGCAAGCCCAACUACACGCUGCUGGGCACCCCCUGCGACGCCAACCCCUACAUCACCCAGGACAUCUGCUCGGGGACGGACAAGCACGCCAUCCUCUCCGCCAGGAAGACGUUCCCGUCCCAGCACGCCACGCUCUCGGCUUUCGCUGCCGUCUACGUGUCGAUGUAUUUCAACUCCAUCAUCUCGGACAGCACCAAACUCCUCAAGCCCAUCCUGGUCUUCGCCUUUGCCAUCGCCGCCGGCGUCUGCGGCCUGACCCAGAUCACCCAGUACCGCAGCCACCCAGCCGACGUCUACGUGGGCUUCCUGAUCGGCUCCGGCAUCGCCGCCUACCUGGCUUACCACGCCGUUGGCAACUUCCGUGCCCCGAUGGAGAGGGUGCCGGCGCCGGCGCCGGCCAAGGACGCGCUGCGGGCACUGACGCAGCGGGGCCACGACUCCGUCUACCACCAGAACAAGUCGGUGAGCACCGACGAGCUGAACCCGCAGACGCGGCUGGAGGAGGUGGCGCGGCCGGUGCCGCGGGAGAAGAACUCCCUGGGCAGCCUGAAGCGGGCCAGUGUGGACGUGGACCUGCUGGCCCCCCGCAGCCCCAUGGGCAAGGAGAACAUGGUGACCUUCAGCAACACCCUGCCCCGCGUCAACACCCCCUCCAUGGACGACCCCGCGCGGCGGCACAUGACCAUCCACGUCCCCGUGGACGCCUCCCGCUCCAAGCAGCUCAUCACCGAGUGGAAGCAGAAGUCGCUGGAGGGCCGGAGCAUGACGCUGGCGGAGGAGGCGGCGGCGGCACACGGCCGGGGGCCGGGGGAUGCCGGCGAGGACGUGCCCCCCUCUCUCUACCCUACGGUGCAAGCGCGCUCGGCUGAGCGGGCGGCCAUGGGGCCCCGCGUCCUCAUCCAGUCGCGGCCGGGCGCCUCGCAGCUGGUGCACAUCCCCGAAGAGAGCCAGGCGGGCGCCGGCGCCCCGGCCGGCAGCGGGGCGGCCGUGCGGGCCAAGUGGGUGAUGGUGGCGGAGAAGGGGGGGGCGCAGCGGGUGGCCAACCCCCCGCGCCUGAUGCAGGUCAUCGCCAUGUCCAAGCAGCAGAGCAUGGUCUCCGUCACCCCCAAGCACUCGGAGACCUCCUCGUCCUCCACCAGCUCCGACUCUUCCCAGUACCGCUCGCCCUCGGAGCGAGACAGCUCCAGCAUCAUCACCAUCGACGCCCACGCCCCCCACCACCCCGUCGUCCAUCUCUCUGCGGGCAACGGGCCCUGGGAGUGGAAAUCGGGGCCGAAGGGGCCGGAGGGGCCGGACGCCUACGAGCUGGGCGAGAUGGGGAAGGAUUUCCGCGGCUUCCGCCCGGCCAAGAGCGCCGGCGUCUCCCCCGGCUCCUCCGUCAGCGACAUGGAGCAGGACGAGCCGCGUUACGGCAGCCUGGCCGCCAUCCCGGGGGCGGUGGGGGGCGGAGGCGAGCGGGGGGACCCCCCCGCCGAGGGGCUGCUGGGCACGGCCAGCCGGGAGUCCACGCUGCGGAGGAAGCCGGCCGAGAGGGACGGGCAGGGGGACAGCGAGGUGGACCACUACUACAAGAAAAUGCAAGCCAGCCGCAGGUUUAAGGACUGAGCCCCCAGUUGCCUCCCCUGCGGCCGGCCCCCAGCUCGGGGGGCUGGAGUGGGGAGGGGGACACAACGCCAGGGUCCCCUCUC